AUGUCCACUAUCGCGCACUCGCUGCGUGACUAUCGCUCACCCACGCGAUCCCAGCUCUUUUCGCACGCCUUCUCUCUGCCAACUGGAGAGGCACCCAUUGUCGAUGCAGAGAUCACCUCGUGCGUCCUGUCGCUUUCCGCAGCGACCAAGGAUGGCUUGCAAGAGGAUCAGGUGUAUGCUGGACGUCUCACGCUCACUCAGUCGUUUCUGUGCUUCGCCAGUCAGGGGGAUCGCGGCCGCAGCUGUCGAAUGAACCUGCCAUUGUGGUGCGUCCGUCGAGUGGAGCGCCUCAACACCAAGGGCACCGUCUUCGCCCUCAGCAUCGUCGUAUGGCACGGCAUGAAGAUCAUUCUCCAACUCAAUGCGCUGCGACCCUCCUGCGAGCAUUUUUGCGCGGUCCUGCGUGACCAGCUCCGUGCUCAACUCGGCAACAUGAAGCUGCUCAAACCCUUCCUCACGGGCUGCUACAGCGAAUUUCUCAUCUCGGACGACCUGUCCGAUCCCAAAGGCAAGCGUGCUGUCACAGAUGCGUCCCUGACUCCAGCAUCGGAAAGCGAGGACCCUUCCAACACCGGCUCGGCUGCCACCGAAGUCGAGGCGCCCGCCGACAAGGAACCACCAAAGUACCAAGCUGGCCUCGGUGCAACGUUCGGCUUCCCAGGGGAUGCCCGCAAGCUGAGAGAGAAGAGCAAGCUCAAGCUCUGGCGCGACUACUUUCUCGCACAUGGACGCAACCUCACCCUCCUCCGAUAUCCGCAAUUCCUACGCCUGGUCCAGGUCGGCCUCCCGAAUCGACUUCGCGGCGAGAUCUGGGAGCUCACCAGCGGAUCCAUCUACAAUCGCUUUGCGCACGCCGGCGAAUAUCAGGCCAUUCUCAAGCGAUACGAAGGCGUCACGAGCACCAGCACCGAGGAGAUCGAGAAGGACCUCAACCGCAGUCUGCCCGAAUACCCGGCCUAUCAGACCCCGGAAGGCAUCGACACCCUUCGACGAGUUCUCGUAGCGUACAGCUGGAAGAACCCAGAGCUUGGCUACUGUCAGGCGAUGAACAUUGUGGUGGCUGCCUUCCUGAUCUACGUGAGCGAGGAGCAGUGCUUCUGGCUUCUCGACACGCUCUGCGAGAGACUGCUGCCGGGCUACUACACGCAGUCGAUGUCCGGCACGCUGCUCGAUCAAAAGGUGUUUGAGAAUUUGGUGCAGCGCACCCUGCCCAUGAUCCACGAGCAUUUCAUCAAGACCGACAUCCAGCUGAGUGUGGCCUCGCUGCCUUGGUUCUUGUCGUUGUACAUCAACUCGAUGCCCAUGAUCUUUGCCUUCCGCAUUGUGGACUGCUUCAUGGCCAUGGGACCCAAGGUACUCUUCCAGGUGGGUCUCGCCAUUCUCAAGAUCAACGGCGAAGAGCUUCUGCAGGUGACCGACGACGGCGGCUUCAUCAACCUGUUCAAGAACUACUUCCGAUCGCUGGGCGACAGCGCGCAUCCCAACAGCACCAACCCCCGUCAUCGACAGAUCACCAACUUCCAGGAGCUGCUGGUGGUCGCCUUCCGCGAGUUUGGCAUCAUUACGGACGAGACGAUAGCGAGCGAACGUCGACGCUUCCGACAAGAGAUCGUACAAGAGAUCGAGCUGUUUGCGAAGCGCAGCGCUAUCCGCAAUCUCAAGAACCCCGGUCGCUUCUCAAAAGAUCAGAUCGGACUCAUCUAUGAUCAGGUCGUCGAGUCGAUCUAUCGAGCGAGGAAUGCGCCAGCUGCAGUCACCGACACCAAGGCCAAUCCGAACGCCGGCAUCGUGGCCAACGACCCGAAGGAGGUCAUGGAGAAGGCGAUGGCACGGGAAUUGAGCAAGGACGGCAGCGAAGAGGCACUGAACGACUACAAGGAGAUGCGGAUCGAUCUCAAGACCUUCCGACUUUUCUUGGGCGAGGUGGCCACAUGGGCGCGAGACGAGUAUGUCGUCUCGAACGGCUUCCAAGAGCGAGUCGAGAGGCGUGUACCCGACCACGAGACGGUGGCGCGGCUGUUCCGAUUCUGGGACACGGAGAACCGUGGCUCGCUCUCGCUGCAAAACAUCGUGGGCGGGCUGGAUGCCAUCAUGUUCAACGGCGACGACGUGAUGGCCAACAUUCAGUGGUUCUUCGAGCUGCACUCGGACGGACGAUCUUCGCUGACCAAGGAGGAAGUGCUGCGUCUGAGCGAGUCGCUGCUCUUCUUUUUCCGCAACGAGCAGAACGAUGGCUACCUAGGUGCCGUGUCGCAGCUGAUCGCGCAAGCUUUCGAGCAUGGCGGAGAAGGCAGCUUUGAGAACAAAGCGGCGUCGUCCACUGAAGCUCCGACAGCUUUGUCAUGA